AUGCCAUCUAUCGCCGAGGAGCAUCCCCGGCUAAUGGCGCCUGGCAGAAAACGUAGACGGGACGUCAACGACUCCAGCAAUGACCUGCAGAUACAAGGCCCCCUGUACGAGAAGCUCGCCCAAUACCACUCAGCCGCGGCUGCCGCAAUAAACAACUGGAACGCUGACGGCGUGUUUGGAGGCAGGCCCGUUCAACAGCAAAUCCAGCAGCAGCAGCAGCAACCGCAACAACAACAACAGCAAAAUCUCUUCACUCGCUUCCCCAGCAGCAACAAUGACCGGAUGGUCUUCCAAUACGGCUUCCCGACGAGCACCAACACCACAAAUGAAGAUCCCCACCGGGAUCUCGACUCGGUGCAUAGGAAGAUAGCUCCCCUGCCCAUUCCUAAACGGCAGCGCAUGUUCAAUGAGGAGGAUGUGGAUUUGGACAGCUUGGAUGGAGAUUUUACAACACAUCACAGUGGCCAGAGACAACGGCGGAAUAGCAGAUCACCAGGAGCGCCCCGAAACACCUCCCGAGUUCUACAAGACCAGACGGGCACGGCGGGCCAAAAACCAAAGCCCCCUUCGUCCUUAAGCCCCUGCCACAUCUGCCACCGUCGGCCUACAAAGAAGUCAGAUCUCGACUCCUUCGCCGACUGCCAGGGGUGCGGGCAGCGUUCAUGCUUCGUGUGCAUCAGGGAGUGCCAGGGGUGGCAGAAAGAUGGACGCCCAAGCAGCAGUGGCGGCAGCGGCGGCGGCAAUUCUGACAAGAUAGGACAGGAGCCGGAGCAGAGGAACAUUGAUCUCUCGCGGUCAUGCCAAAUGGACGAUGUCGACGACGACCGGCAACGUCAGUCAAGAGAGGACGAAGAGUCGAAGAGAGACGGGCAACCCCAACGACAGGACAACUGGGCGGGCGGCGACCACAGACAGAUGGUAUGCAGCCGCUGCUGCAUAGAAAAGGGCACCGAGGGUGAUGUCGUCUGCUUGGGCUGUCUAUCACGCAUGGAAUCUGUCUGA